AUGUCGUCAGCCCUCACCAACUUCGUCCUUCGCCCUGAACACGGGAAGAUAGGAACACCCAUCAAAGUACGAAGCAACUUCUUUGAAAUCCAAUCAUUCAACCAAGGCAUCAUCCAUCACUAUGAUGUGACCAUUGGUGACGGUAAGGUGCCACCAGCAGUCAACCGCAAGGUCUGGCAGAAGUUCGAGAUGGUUGAAGGCCAAAGCAUGUUACGCAACGUCCGCCCCGUCUUUGAUGGAAGAAAGAACGUUUUCUCACCCAAGGCUUUGCACUUUUCUGGUCCUGAGCAAGUGGGCCAGUUCGAGGUUGAGCUGUCGGAUGGUGGCGGUGAAUCAUCCUCGGCCAGCAGGCGUCGUGUCUCGGGCAAAUUUGUCAUACGCAUCAAGAAAGUAGGCGAAGUAAACAUGCUCGAGCUGAGCAACUUCUUGCAAAGAAAAUCACAGCAGACACCCGGCUGUUUGACAGCAAUCCAGGCGCUGGACGUUUUGAUCCGGCACGUUCCGAGCAUGACAUUUGACACCGUGGUCGGCCGCUCCUUUUACACGCCCCAAGACCUUCGCGUUCUUCCGAAUGGCGCUGAAGUCUGGUCGGGCGUUUACUCAUCUGCGCGACCCGGAGCCGGCAACAUGUUCCUCAAUGUCGACGUUUGUGCUACCGCGUUCUAUGAAAGCGGCCCGUUGCCCGGAAUGGUCGCCAAAAUCCUGGGUCGCCGCAGCAUCGACGAGCUGCGCCGUGGAAUCACCGACCGUGACCGUGCCAAGCUUGAACGUUUCUUGAAGAGUGUGCAGAUACAAGUAAAGCAUCGAGGCGAUAAGAAGUUCAAGUAUAAGAUCACACGUUUGACACCCACGCCUGCGGAGCGUACGUUUUUCAAAAAUCAGGACGACGAGGAAAAGAGCGUCUCGCAGUACUUCACCGAGCAGUACAACAUGCGUUUGUCGUACGCGUUCCUCCCCUGUAUUGUUGUGCGCAAGGACAUGUUCUUGCCAAUGGAAGUGUGCGAGAUUGUUCCUGGCCAGCGGUUUAUGAAGAAGCUCGACGAGAAGCAGACUGCGGAAAUGAUCAAGUUCACCUGCCAAAAGCCUGAUAUUCGUGCCAACAAAACCAGGCAAGGUCUGACCAUGUUGCAGUGCAAGCCAGAGAACCCAUACCUCAAGCAAUUUGGUGUCAAGGUCAACCCCGAUAUGGCCAUAGUCCAGGCCCGUGUUCUGCCUCCUCCCCAAGUCAUGUAUAGCCAAGGUUUCACGCCAAACGAUGGUGCCUGGAAUAUGCGUGGAAAAAAGCUGGCAAAGGGCGCUAGCCUAGGAUCAUGGUCCGUCGUCAAUUUUCAUGUGGGACUGGCAAGGCCUUCUAUUGAAAGAUUCAUCCGCGAGUUGACCCAAGCUUUUAUCAACGUCGGCUUGGACGUGGUCAAGCGCGAUCCGCCUAUCAUGAUAAAUGCCGAUCCCCAAGGCAACAUUGAUCGUACCAUGAAAGAGGCCUGGCUCCAAGCAGGCAAUGCAGCCAAGGCCAACCCUCAAUUGAUCGUGUGUAUCUUGCCCGUCAGAAAUACCCAACUUUACGGCGAAAUCAAAAACAUCUCGGACACGGUUCUUGGUACUCCUACACAAUGCCUCCAGAGCAAGCACAUCAACAGCGCUCGUUUCGACUACUGUGCCAACGUCUGCUUAAAGGUCAACAUGAAACUAGGCGGCAUGAACAAGUACUUACCGGCCAACCUCACGCCCUUCCUUGCCCAGCGUCCAACGAUCGUUUUCGGAGCAGAUGUGACCCACCCCGCACCAGGCGACGUGAACCGACCUUCGAUAGCCGCUGUCACCGCAUCAAUGGAUGCCCGCGCCACCAACUACUCCAGCGAGAUCCGCGUCCAAUCCAGCCGUACUGAGAUCAUCACGGACCUGUCGGACAUGGUCAAGGAACAGCUCAAGAAAUUCUACAAGAACUGCGGCCAAAAGCCGGAUCGUAUCUUGUUUUAUCGCGAUGGUGUUUCAGAAGGACAGUUUCAGGCCGUAUUGACUGAAGAGGUUCAGCGCAUCCAUGCGGCUUGUGCUUCUCUCGAUAAGACGUACAAACCCAAGGUGACGUUCGUGGUGGUCAAAAAGCGUCAUCAUGCACGAUUCUUCCCAGUUUCCAAGCAAGAUACGGACCGGUCGGGUAACUGUCAACCGGGCACAGUCAUUGAUACGAAGAUUGUACAUCCAUUCGAAUUCGAUUUUUACCUGCAAUCCCAUCAAGGCAUCCAAGGCACAUCGCGACCAACGCACUAUCAUGUUCUGUAUGACGAAAAUAAGUUCACAGCCGAUGCUUUGCAAGAGCUCUCAUACCGUCUGUGCUACAUUUACGGACGUGCCACGCGUGCCGUGUCGAUGGUCCCACCCGUCUACUAUGCACAUCUGCUUGCGUUCCGUGCUCGUUUCCAUCGCCAUGGUGUGAACUGGUCUGACACAGGAGCAACCUCAGAGACCGUCGAGUCAGAACAGCAACUAGCCAGCUACGCCCGUGUCAAGCCUGAAUUACAAAAGGUCAUGUACUUUAUGUAA